CGUGGAGACUCUUUGGGGCGCCCCGGCUCUAGCACCGGCGUGGGGCGUCGGGCGAGAUGGCGGCGCGCAGCCUCGGCAGCGGUGUGGGGCGACUGCUGCGUGGCCUGCACGGGCGCUCUGGACAAUCGGGGUGGUCGCUGAGCGUGUCCCGCUCGACCGCCACCCGACUCCCGGGCAGCGUUCCUGCCCCAGCGCAGCCAGGCUCGUACCCCGCGUUGAGCGCUCAGGCAGCCCAGGAGCCGGCCUCCUUCUGGGGGCCGCUGGCCCGUGAUACACUAGUUUGGGACACUCCUUACCAUACUGUCUGGGACUGCGACUUCAGGACGGGCAAGAUCGGCUGGUUCCUGGGAGGCCAGUUGAAUGUGUCUGUCAACUGCCUGGAUCAGCAUGUGCAGAAGUCUCCCGAGGCCAUAGCUUUGAUCUGGGAGAGAGAUGAACCUGGGACGGAAGUGAGGAUCACUUACAGGGAGCUUCUGGAGACCACAUGCCGCCUAGCCAACACACUGAAGAGACAUGGAGUGCACCGAGGGGACCGUGUGGCCAUCUACAUGCCUGUGUCCCCACUGGCCGUGGCAGCCAUGCUGGCCUGUGCCAGGAUUGGAGCUAUCCACACAGUGGUAUUUGCUGGCUUUAGUGCAGAGUCCUUGGCUGGGAGGAUCAAUGAUGCCAAGUGCAAGGUUGUUAUCACCUUCAAUCAAGGACUCCGGGGAGGGCGUGUGGUGGAGCUGAAGAAAAUAGUGGAUGAAGCUGUGAAGAACUGCCCAACAGUCCAGCAUGUGCUGGUGGCUCACAGGACGGACACCAGGGUUCACAUGGGGAAUCUGGACAUCCCCCUCGAGCAGGAGAUGGCCAAGGAGGCCCCUGUGUGUACGCCUGAAAGCAUGAGCAGUGAAGACAUGCUCUUCAUGCUCUACACCUCUGGGAGCACCGGGACACCCAAGGGACUCGUUCAUACACAGGCAGGGUAUCUACUGUAUGCUGCCAUGACGCACAAGCUCGUGUUUGACUACCAGCCGGGUGAUGUCUUUGGCUGUGUGGCUGACAUCGGUUGGAUCACAGGACACAGCUACGUGGUAUAUGGACCCCUCUGCAAUGGAGCUACCACAGUCCUUUUUGAGAGUACCCCAGUUUACCCUGAUGCUGGUCGUUACUGGGAGACAGUGCAGAGGCUAAAGAUCAACCAGUUCUAUGGUGCCCCGACAGCUGUCCGGCUGCUGCUGAAGUAUGGGGAUGCCUGGGUGAAAAAGUAUGACCGCUCUUCCCUGCGCACACUGGGGUCAGUGGGAGAGCCUAUCAACCAUGAGGCCUGGGAGUGGCUCCACAAAGUUGUGGGUGAUGGCAGAUGCACACUGGUGGACACUUGGUGGCAGACGGAGACUGGAGGCAUCUGCAUUGCACCUCGGCCCUCAGAAGAUGGGGCAGAGAUCCUCCCGGGCAUGGCCAUGAGGCCAUUUUUUGGCAUCGUCCCUGCACUCAUGGAUGAGAAGGGCAAUGUUGUGGAGGGUGGCGAUGUCUCUGGGGCCUUGUGUAUUUCCCAAGCUUGGCCAGGCAUGGCAAGGACCAUCUAUGGUGACCACCAGAGGUUCAUAGAUGCCUACUUCAGAGCAUACCCAGGUUAUUACUUCACUGGAGAUGGAGCUCACCGGACGGAGGGUGGCUAUUACCAGAUCACAGGGCGCAUGGAUGAUGUCAUCAACAUCAGUGGUCAUCGCCUGGGGACUGCAGAGAUUGAGGAUGCCAUGGCUGACCAUCCCGCUGUCCCAGAAACUGCUGUCAUUGGGUACCCUCAUGACAUCAAAGGAGAAGCUGCGUUUGCCUUCAUUGUGCUGAAAGAUAACAUCAGUGAUGCAGAUGUGGUAGUAAAUGAACUCAAGUUGGCAGUGGCCACCAAGAUCGCCAAGUAUGCUGUGCCUGACCAGAUCCUGGUGGUGAAGCGUCUCCCCAAAACCAGAUCUGGGAAAGUGAUGAGGAGGCUGCUGAGGAAGAUCAUCACCAGCAGGGGGCAGGAUCUAGGGGACACCACUACCCUGGAGGAUCCCAGUGUCAUCACGGAAAUCUUGAGUGCCUUCCAGAAGUAUGAAGAGCAGCGGGCUGCCACCAACUGAGAGGUGUGCCUCUAUGUUGUUCAGACAAAGCAGAACAGGACCUCUGGUCGUCCUCAGGGAAAGGAGCUUCAAAAGUGACUUGUCUCAUCUGAACACAUGACCCAUCUACUGCCCUAUUUGGAGUUGAAGUCCCUCUUUCUUUCUCCUGAGGCCCAGAGGGCUGCAUCUGGAGGGGGAGGCCUUUGUCCUACAUCUGGUUUCCAGAAUUAAGUCAUAAUUGGCAUUAAGCUAGCACGGGUGGCCAAAGGUCUUAGCUCCAAAACUGUCAUGCUUUCUCCAGAUGUGUCUAGAUACAAAACACAAAAUAUUUUAUUUUUUGUACUUUUUCUAUUUUGGGAGAGUAACAGAACAUUUGAGCAUAAUGUGAACAUUUAGUUACACACACACACACACACACACACACACACACACACACACACGGUGGGAAGAAUCUCCCUUCUUGCCUCUCCAGGGAUGAAGAUAAUAGAAUGUGCUUUUUUUUUUUUUUAAUUACCAUUCAGUGUGCUUGAAGUCCAAACCAGAGAUGUUUGUGCCUCUGACAUAUAACUCUCCUCCUGAUCCUGCUAAUCCAAGUCACCAUAUCCACCUCCUGUGUCUAUUUCACAUUUGGUUUAUUUUAUGAUAGAACAAACUGGACAAUUCUUACAUUUUGAGUGUUCGCGAUUGCACUCAGGGCUUCCAGCACACUAGGCAAAUGCUCUACCUCUGAGCUACACACCAGCACCUCUAACUCCCAAGGGACAGGGUGAAUGUCCUCUCCUUCACUUGUGAAAUCAUUUGGGCUUGUUUCUCUAAGCUGUGAUCUGGAAGGAGGCUCUUUCCCCAAGGUGCCUCCCAGUAGGAGAUCGUAUUGCUUCAAACAUGUGAGGUUGUUCAUGGUAGCCAGUGGAAACUCAGGUGUCUUACUAAGCCGGCGGUCCCAUCGGAACUGGGCUCCUGAAGACACUGCCUGCCCUUUCUUUUGUGGUUGGGGCGGCAAGAACUCACUGUGGUCCAAUGAUGAUGACAUUUGGUGCUCCUGAGCAAGUUCUCUCUCGAUGUGCCUUAAGUCCUCUGGACAUUGGUGAGUGAUGCAAACCGUGAAGUCAUGAGAAGCUUACUUUGUAGCUAGGUUGUGGCUAAGCAUGGGAGGGCUGAAGGGGUGGCAGCUCUGUGAACAGGGCCCCUGGGGGCAGAGGAAGACUGUUCUGUCUGGUCUACAGACCUUAGCUCUAUGGGUGUUUCAGGGGUAUCUUAGCUACUGCACACCUACUGUGUGUCCUGACUUCUGGGAUAAUGGGGUAAAUAUGCUGACACUCCCAGGAGGCGGGGUGGUUGUAGUACGCACAAAUAUUAAUAGUCCUUUGUUACAAUCAGCAGUGAAGAGCCAUGUAAUGGACGUGGCUGACUGUAGUUACUGUGCCCUUUAGGAAAUGGCCUAGGUUAGCAGGUUACUGAUAGAGGCUCUCGGAAUGAUUUAUAGAAAUUUCCAAAUAAAAUUUUAUCUUGUUCACUGUC